GUCACUGUCCAGAUUUGUGUUGGUUACCUGUCAUACUGAGAUUGGCAAACAGACCAGGUACACUAGACCAGGUAGCCCUGGACAACCAGAGCCGUCUCCAUGGUUACUGUCAACGGCAGGAGAGAGAGAGGGGUUCUGUCACUACUCACCUCCUGUUGAAGCCACAGUGGGGCAUGGCUGUCUAGGGUGGCCUAACACGAGGCGUUGCCAUGGAGUACGAAGCUGCCCUCGCUUCAAGAUGGCGGGCAGAAGAGGAUGUCAUGCUUUGCGCAGAGGGGCAGCCAAUAGGAGAUCUGGACUCAGUCAGGAGCAGGGCAGCAUCUUGUUCUGGAAGGCCGGGGGUCCUGAGGUACAAGAGGGAGACUACAAUACCCAGCAUCCCCUGCUCCCUCCCGUCUCAGCCUCCAGAGCCUCUGGUGGUGUGUGAGGCCUGCGGGGAGGAGGCCCAGCCCCCCCUGGACCUGAUGGGCCUGGAGCAGCCUCAGGUGAGGCUGGUGGAGCUCUUCUGCUGCUCCCAGCACCAGCAGCUGUGUGAGAUGCUAACUCAUGAGAGACUCCCGGCUCUGAGGACAGCAACUCGGGAGACCACACCCCCGCCGGACAGCCAGCCAACCAGGGAGGAGGAGACGGAGCUACAGGCCCAAGAGAGGGAGGAGCAUAGGAAGCAGGAAGUGGAUCGAGAACUUCUCUUCCAGGACAACUCCCAUUUACCUGUAGACACCACUGCUCCUCAUUCCAGGACCCUCAGCUACCUGCUGUCCAGGUCUGCCCCCAGGUCUGCCCCCAGGUCUGCCCCUAGGACACCAGCCUCUGACCCUGGUCUGGACCCUGGUAAUGGUCUUCAACCCGCUCCUGGUCUGGACCAGCAGAACUCCCAGUUCGGCCUCUCCUACCCUGGUGGCCUUCAGGUGGGGGCAGCGGUGGUGCAGAGGUCUUACCCCAGCGGGGGGGUGUUCCUCACAGCUUUCCCUGACGGCUCCGCCCAGAUCCUCUACCCCUCCGGCCUGCUUGCCCUGAUCCUACUGGUUGACGGAGUACGGAGAGUGUGCCUAGUCUACGAUGACCACACCCCCAACCAGCAGCCAAUCAGGGCCCUGUUCCACUCUGACGGCAGGGCCACUUGUUACCACAGUAACGGCAGUGUCUGGCUGAGCCUGGGCGUGUCUGGAGGUGAGUGUGUGAGUGAGACAGGCUCCAGACUUAGGCGCUGGUCAUGGGGGCCCUUGGGCCCCGGCCCCCCAGCCUCCAUGAGGCCCCUGUUCCUGUCCCUCAACCCCAGCCUGGGGCUCCGUGUGCUGGGUAACAAGCAGCUCUGCCUCCGUUUCCUGUCUGGGGGCUGCCAGGCGAGGAUUCGCCUUGGGGGGCAGCUUCCAGAGCCCAGGGGGGUGGGGCCUCCACACAGGCCGCCCACAUCCAGGGAGGAGCUUCUCCUAUUGGCCGGGAGGGUUGGGGUCCAUCUGGGUCUGAGGCGUCUUCAGCGGUGCCUGGAGACCCCCUUCAGCCCCCGGCCCUGCUGGGCCCCCAGCCUCGAACCCCUGGCACACAGGCUCCUGGAGAGAAGCUGCACUCUGAGCCACAGAGACAGGGCCUUCAUCCACACCUGCUUACAGGACCUCCUCUGAGCGUGUGUGUGAGAGUGUGUGUGUGUAUGAGUAUGUUUCAUAGAAGUAGAGGUGACUCUUCACAUAUAGCAACAGAAUCUAAAUAGCAACAAAAUAUGUGAAUGAUCGUGAAACAUGUUCACACAAUUACUAACAAACUACUAAUACUACUUUAUUUAUUACUAAUAUGGAUCGGUCUCCUUGUGUUUGUUAGUUCU